AUGGCAUCGUUCACAGCUUCGCUCCGGAGCACGUAUCGCGCUAAGUUAUUACCGACAGUUGCUCGGACACCACUUCAAUGUACAUGUGGUGCGGUGUACAGGCGUUCCUUCGCGACGUCAUCUUCGCCGGCUGCUUCGACCUCGACUUCGCAGGCGCCGGCACAGGACAAGCUCAUUACGGCGACUAGGACGGUGCUUGAUCAGGCAAAAGCUACGAACGAUGGAGGUAUUGCGGCUGCAAAGCGUGAAAGGGAGCUCGAUGGUCUGAGACGCGCGCUAGCGGAUGUAGAGGAUGGUCAAGAGGUGAGCCUCAGCUGAGCCUGCGGACCAUUUCAGCUCGCGAUCAUCGAGCGGCGCGUCGCAUGGAAGGAUUCGUUACAUCGCACCAGAACCAUUCACUGCGAAAGUUAGGACCAGUGCCAAAUGGCUCGGGUAUACAGCUGUCGAACAAGAUCGUGCCGCUUCUCGUUGUGAAAGAUUGGACCGCCUUGGCUCGGCAAAUCUCAUCCAUGGAACCAAUGUGCUGAUCAAGGUGCCCUCCCCUUAUAUUUUUUUGGACAAUGUAGCUCAUCAGUACCCUACAAGAACUGGCCGAUGCUGAACCGGACGAAGAAUUGCGUGAAUUGGCCUUAGGCGAUCUGCCAGAAGCUACGGCGACCCUUGCAUCGCUUCGGUCGACUUUGCUGAAUACUCUGCUCCCGCCGACGCCGACCGCGUCACUCUCGGCGAUACUCGAAGUCAAGUCCGGCGUCGGUGGAUCCGAAUCGUCGCUGUUCGCUGCAGAACUUGUUCGCAUGUACACGCGCUUGGCGGUUCGAAAAGGAUGGAAGGCAAGUUUGGUCGAAGUCGUUGGCCUGGGCGGCGUCGGACAAGGCACGGGCGAUGCCUACAGGGAAGCGAUCUUGGAAGUCACGGGCGAAGGCGCAUUCGGAAUGUUGAGGAGAGAAGCGGGCGUACAUAGAGUGCAGAGGGUACCCGCGACGGAAAGCCAGGGGCGGCUGCACACGAGCACCGUCGGCAUCAUCGUGAGUUGCCUCGCCGACGUUGGGCUCGCGAAACCGUGCACUGAACGCAGCAUACCUCCAUGGGCACUUUCAGGUCCUGCCAUCAGAAACCGGCAGUUCUGCACCGAUAGACGAUGACUUAUUCGACCAAAAGGAUGUUAAAGUCGAAGUAAUGAGGUCUCGAGGCGCCGGCGGUCAAGUAAGUUUUCUCGUUUGCGGCGGCAGUCAUGGUGCCAUUCAAGAUUCAACGUACUGCGACAUUGGCUGA